AUGGAGCACACGAAGUCAUGCGAGAUAACAUCUAAUGGCAAAUACUUCUCGUUCUACUUGCCACAUCAUGCGGUCGUCAAACCAGAUAAGGUGACCACCAAAGUUCGCGUGGUAUUCAACGCCUCACAAACAUCUGGUUCAAGAAAAUCCCAGAAUGACGUGUUGCGCACUGGUCCCACACUCCAACCAGAUCUCAUGUUUCUCAUGCUGCAGUGGCGAACGCACAGAUUCGUGUUCAACGGAGACAUUGAAAAAAUGUAUCGUCAAAUACUCAUCCAUGAUUAUAAUCUUAAAACCGUAACUUUCGGUGUUAAUUGUGCACCAUACAUCGCUAUCCGUACCUUGCAUCAAUUAGCAGAUGACACGAUAGCGAUGUUUCCUUGGCUACCACCAUACUUAAAACCGAAAUGUAUGUGGGUGACAUCCUAUCCUGAAGUCAUGAUAUUGACAACGCCAAUGAAUCACUUGUUCAAGUGA